AUGGAAGAAGAUCACGAUCCUCGUAAUGAACAAAAUAUCUCAAAACAAAAAUCAAAGAACCUUGAGUCUUUUCAACAAGCAGUACUUAUAUACUUAUUAUCACGCGCUGGUGUUACUGUAGAAAUUAAAAAACAAAAAAAAAGUGCAGAAAAAACAUAUCAAAUUCAACCAGUACAAUCAAUUAUUUAUAACGGUAAUGUUAUUCAAUUUGCUGAUCGUAUUAAUGCACAAGCAUCUAAAAUGCUUGAAGAAGAUAAAUCUGAACAAAGACUUAGAAGAUAUGAACGGAAUAAAAUUGCAUUAGCAUUUAACGAAUUAGUAGAAAUAGCUGUUAAAUUUGGAUAUGAAUUUGGAGAAAAAAAUACAAGAAAAGCACAAAAAACAGUUCGUAUGAAAAAGAUAAUAAUGGUUAAAAAAGAUAAUAAACCUAUUAUAGAACAAAAAGAUAUUGAACCUAUUGGUAUGGCAGUAAAUAAUUAUAUAGUUUCUCAUUUUAAUGAAGGAGUUUGCUUAUGCAAUGAAAAUUUAGUUAAUUAUGUUAAAACAACUAUAAACUCUCAACGAAUCAAUAUGACUACAAGUCCUCUUUCUGGAACAAUUGUAAAAGAACAAUCAAUCCAUAUGAAUAAUACAUUAUUAACUAUACCUAAAACACAACAAGAACAGCUAUUAAUUAUUCCAGAUUCAAUAAAAUCAAGUGUUCCAUCAAAUAAUAAAAUUAUUAAUUCUCUUUCUGUACCAAUAUUAAAUGAAACACCAAUUAUUCCUACACCUACAUUAACAAAUAACUCUUCUGGUAAUCCUAAUCAAAUAGAAUAUAAUGAUAUUGAAGAAGGAGAAAUAAUUGAUAUUAAUAAUCCUAUUAAUUCACCUUCAGAAGAACAAAUUCAACAAAGUGAUGCAAUGAGUGAACAACCAGUUAUUGAAGACCAACAAAAAGUUCUUCUUGUUCCACAAGGUCUUUUUGUUCAACCAACAUUAGUUUCUCCUAUGGGUAUUCAGAAAGAAUCAAUUACUAAUUCUGAUUUUCCACUUCCUCAAACACAACAACCAAUUAAAAAGGAAGAACCUCAAUUUGUUUUUAACUCAAUUCAAAAAACUGAUAUGGCUAUGAGCCAAGACAUUGGAAAUGAAUUAGGAAUGAGUUUAGAUUUCGCUGAGAAUGAAAGUGGUCAAGAAAACCUUAAUACUAUUGAGAGUCAUGAUAAUCAAAGUAUGACAUUUAAUUUCUCAACUGGAGAUGAAGAUAUGAGAACUUCCAGAGAUGCUGUUGAUACCUUUUUUACACCAAAUAAUGGUUUUGGUAAAUUUGGUAAAGGAACAUUUUAUCAUUAA